AUGACUUGCAAUACCCUUUUUAAACUUUUUUUGGCUGUUUACUUCUUCAUCGGUGAAGUGGUACCAUCUCCUCACUUGAACUCUCGUCAGGUUCAACACCGCCCAGAUGCGUUGGUGAAUUUUGAAGUUAUGGCGCCACCGGUUGUACCCAAGGAUGGCAAGUUUUGCGAUGUAAAACUCAUUGAACAUACUUUUGUCAGCUCUUAUGGUCACCCAGCGACCGUCAACUUUGUACCACCUACCAAUUGCGGACCAGUAGGCAGUUGGGCAUCAGUCGUAUUUACCUUGACAGCCACUUCCCAAGGGAGGCAAUAUGAUAGAUUAGCGCAACUAUUUCUUAAUAAUGUUGAAAUAUGGCGAACUUCGACCCCUGAGCCCAUCAAGAGAGGUAUUAUUUGGACUGUUGAUCGUGAUGUGACAAGAUACAUGCCACUCUUGUCUAAACCCAAUCCACUUACCCUCAGUCUCAACAACACCGUUUAUCCAACUGAAAAUUUGACUGGUCAAUUUGAGGUCACUUUAUCAGCCCGCUUUUACGCGCCGACUACCGCCUUCCCUGCAGUGGCACAGUUGGGUCAGAUUGUUCCAUUGGGUUAUGAUGAAGGGUCUAAGAUUGAGAAACCGCUCACGUUGCCAAAGAACACAGCUACCGCCUUUGUGGAAAUCUUUGCCAGUGGGAGUCAGCAAGAAGAGUUCUGGUUACAGUAUACCAAUGUACCCGACAAACUCCUGCCUCGUCUUGACCCAAAGAAUACAGGAUCUUACCGUGGAGGUGGUCCAUAUCGAGAAGUUCAGCUUCUGAUUGAUGGUCAAUUGGCUGGUGUUGUCUACCCGUUUCCAGUGAUUUACACUGGUGGAAUCUUACUCACUUGGUGGAGACCGAUUGCCGCGAUUGGAGCUUCAAAUGCGCCUUCUUAUACCCUGGACAUCACCCCCUUUGUACCGCUCUUGACUGAUGAUAAGAAUCACAACUUUACUAUCAUGAUUGGAGGACAAGAGCCAGGAUUGAGUAAACCUUCAUGGGUCCUAAGUGGAUCUGUUGGUAUCACUCUCGAUCCUAGUGGAACUCGAACCACCGGAACACUCGACAGUGUCGUUACUAAACCAUACCAAAAAUCUACCCCACUUCCCGAUGAUGCUCAAGGAAGAAUAAACUUCAAAACCGAAGCUUCUCGUCAACUUAGCCUGAAAGCUACCGUCAUCACUGGCACUAAGGGUAAACAAUCAGUAACAGUCACGCAAGAUUUCAAAUUUUCUAAUACUCAAAUCAUAACGGCGAGUGGAGAUUAUUCGAAUAUGAUUCAAUCCUCCGAAGGUUUAUCUCAAUCCGUACAUAAUGGAGUCCCGCUUCUUCAAGAUAAAUUUUCGUACCCUAUGAACCUCACCAUGAUUCAAACUGCACCAAGUGCAAACCUAAGUAUCUUCUCAGGACAACUUUCACAUGGUUACACUCGUACAGAGGAUCAUAUUUAUCCCGCUGGAUCCAAGUCUGAUAUUGUAAAUACUCAAAAUUCAGAAGGUAACUUACACUUCGAUGGUAAAGGUCAAGCGAUCAGUGGUAUCGGUAGAACUUCACAACAAUAUACAUUCAAAAAUAAAGGAGGCGACUAUUCACGUGAUGUUGAGAUCUUCAAUAUCACUAAUGUCAUUCGAAACAAGAUCUCGGGAUCACUUGCACUACCUGCAAAACCGGAUGGAGCUAACCCCAACCAAGUUAUGUUACCUGCAUCACUCACUCAAGAUCUUCCACGUGUGACCACCGACUCCUUCGGUAACACAUUCCUUGAUUCACCAGUUACACUCAUUCACAAACUACACCAUUGA